AUGGCCAACUUUCGCCCCCUCCAGCCGGCCCCCAUGGACCAGGAGGCUCCUGUGCAGCCACAGUCCAGCUCGAUGAUGCCCCAAAAGCCCAAACGCACGGUAACGCUGGGGGCGUGUGUGGCUUGUCGGAAGAGAAAGUCAAAGUGCGAUGGCAAGCGCCCCGUGUGCACAUGCUGCGGCCAGAAAGAGACGGAUUGCAUCUAUGAACUCGGUCCCAAUGAGAAGCCCUCCCAGGCCAUGAAGCGAAAGAAUGAGGAGAUGCAGGGCGAGCUGUCCAACUUGCGUCAGCUCUAUGACUUUCUUCGACUGCGUCCAGAGCAAGACGCCAUGGAGAUUCUCCGCCGUAUACGAGACAGUCCGGCAGAGAGCUCUCCGUCUCAACGCAUUCAGGAGUUGGCUAAUUUCAUCCGUCAUGGGAAUCUGCUCAAUCAACAAGAAGAAGAACAACAACAACAGCAACAGCAACAGCAACAGCAACAGCAACAUGAACAACAUCAGCAGCACCAAGGAUAUCAACAACAACAACAACAACAACAACAUCGACAAGAACAAAGUCACACGUCACCUCCUCGCUUUCCUCACGAACAUGGGCAAUCCGUCACUUUGCCAUCGCUACGUCUGGCUUUGGACUCGCCCAGCAAUCUCAACUCCCACAGCCUACCCUUUCCCGGCAUUUUAUCCAUGGGUGUCGAUGGCCCUCCUAGCCAAAGGAGAAGAAUUGCCUCGGACGCCGAUGUCUCCGCUCGCCAUGUGCUCGUCUCCCUCAUGUCCGCUUGGACUUCAUGUGAGUAUAGCUACUACCACUAUCUAGACCGGGAGUGUUUCCUCGACGACAUGGCGAGUGGACGAACGGAUUUCUGCUCGCCGCUCCUCGUCAAUUCCCUGCUUGCUUCUGCCUGCGUAUGUAUAGACUGUGAGCCCAAGGCACUCAAAGUCCUUGUCCUGGGAAAACACGGCCGCGAUAAGGUCGGCUAUACCUUCCUCGAGGAGGCUUGUCGAAUCGCUCGCCACAUGAACCUCUUCGCCAGCGAAUCAGCAGUCACCGGCCAAGAUGGUUCCCAUGUGUCUCAAGAUAGGUGGGAAAGGGUGCGCGCCGUGACCGCCUGGGCGCUGGCCAUGUCCUUCAUCUACGCAUUUCCCGUGAUGAUCAACCGACCGCCAUGUAUUGCGGUGCCUUGUUGUGAAGAUGCCAGCAGCACAGGUACAACCGCUCGUCGAGACCGUCACAGUGCACACCUAACAUUUCUGCAAGCUCUGUUCCGAUGGGAAUGUGCGAAAUAUGUCAUCAUCCUCGACUGCGUCGACAUCAUAUUAGGAGAUGGGAAGAAGGAUGGAAGUGCAGCCCAGAGGUGGGAAGAGAUGGAGAGGUGCCACGGUCGGCUGACGCAAUGGUGGAAAGGCCGGUCGAAGGAUUUAGAUGCUGAUCUCAUGCCGACCCGAGAGAAUCUGCUCUGCGCGAUGAUGUAUCACGUCCACAUCAUCAACCUCUUCCGGCCGGCCCUGCAGCGCGAGGGCGCGUCGACGGCAGUGCAGCCCAAGGCUUAUUACGACCACGCACGAUCGGUGACGGUGGCCGCUGUCCAGGAGAUUCACCGAUUAUUGGCUCUCCAGCAGGUCCGGCACGGUUGGAUGGAUUCCAUAACGCUCGUGCUGCACCCAAUCACAGUGGCGAGCUUCGGGACCCUCGAGGAAAUCUCGCGCGCCAACAUGGAUGCCAGAUCGAGGUCGCUAGACGGCAGUGAAUUGUACCAGGGCUUACGUACCUGUCUGCGUGCUCUGGCCAGCCUCACGAGUUAUAGCUAUUACGCGCAGCCCUUGUUCCGCCUGCUCACGUCCAAAUGUCAGCGGCUGGGAAUCAGGCUGCCGAGCGAGGUGCGGGCGACGCUGGAGGGGUACAUGACGGACGAGUGGACACGGAACGCGGCGGCGUUGGUGAGCAGUCGGUAUAUCCCAGACACGCAUACGGCGGCGAGGGAUGCAGAGAGCGCGAGAAUGGACGCGGUGAUUUCCAGCUGGGAGGCCCUUUCGCUCGAUGGCACGGGUAAGGCAAAGGGAGGUGGACAAUGGGCGUGA